AUGGGUGGCGGAUCCGAGUGUGCGAAUGGCCUCGAGUUCAUGCAGCCGGGGCAGAAGCGGCCAGCCAAGCUAUUUCACAAAAAGUCGAGAACAGGCUGCCAACGAUGUAGAGCGCGUCGCGUCAAGUGCGACGAAGCAAAACCAAUAUGCUCAAACUGCACCCGCCUCCAACUGACCUGCCUCUACGACCGCGUCAAACCAGCCUCCCAGCCUCCUCCACCUCCUCUCCCAUCAUCAUCGUCCUCCUCGUCCACUGCAGCCAAGGAGGCCCCUGGCCCGGAGAGCAUCGCGGACCCUCCCGAAUCCGAGGCCCGGCGCAAGCGCGAACUCUCCCUCUUCCACCAGUACUUCUCGGAAACAGGCCCGUCCAUCGCCGUCGACGAGGCCUCGCUCCCGUUCUGGGUCGACAGAGUCCCCCAGCUGGCCUUUCGGUGCAACGCGCUGCUGUACUCGCUGUUCGUCAUGGCGGCGCUGCACCGGGCCAAGGUCUCCAACUACGCCGACACCGAGUCCCUCAACCACAGCAGCACGUACCUCAGCAUGGCGGUGCGCGAGCUCGGCCGCGAGAUCGAGCGCCUGUCGGCCUGCAACGUCGACGCCGUGUGCCUCGCGUCCAGCGUCCUCCGCAUCUACACCUUUGUCCGCCUCCAGGAGCGCGCGCUGGAGCCCUACGCGCCGCCCACGUCCUGGCUGCGCAUGACGGGCUCCAGCGGCGCCGUCUUCCGCCAGUCGGCCGCCAUCACGGCCAUGGACCGCGGCUCCGUCGGCAUGCAGAUGGUCGACCUGGUGGCGGACCUGCUCGACGAGGAGGAGGCGCGCGCGCACACGGCGCCGCUCGCCCACCUCUCGCGCCGCCAGCACGCCCACGAGCUCGAGGAGCCCUGGGGCGCCGCCGUCCAGGACGCCUACCUCUCCGCCAUCAGCUGCAUAGGCGCCGUCUGGAGGGCCAUGCGGGACCGCCGGCCCCCCGGCAGCGUCGCCCGCCGCCUCGUCGUCUUCCCGCUCCUCGUCGACGCCCGCUUCGUCGACUUGGUGGACGAGGGGAGGCCGCGCGCCCUGGUCGUCAUGGCGCACUACUUUGCGCUCCUGGCCAUGCUGCGAGGCUUCUGGUGGGUGGGCGACGCGGGUCCGAGGGAGGUGAGGGCCAUUGCGAGGCACUUGCCCGCCGAGUGGCAGGGCGGCCUGGAGUGGCCGUUGGCUAUUCUAAAUGAUCAGAUCCUCUUUACCCCUGAUAUCGAGGUGAAUAAGCUAUCAGAGUACGCGGCCAGGCUAAGACUGCAGAUUUGA